UUUGUCCUCCGGGCACAGUGGGUAAAAGUGAACUGUAGCCGGACGGGACUCGGUGAGGCGACAGUGUCGUCUCUGCUCUGUGUUGAAUUGAAUGGACACAGUUCGUCUGCUUCAUUUCUUUUAAUCUCAGGUUGAAAUAAACAGGAUUUACCAGUGGAGUGCCAGUUUUACCAGACUCAACUAUCUUGAUUUCAAGGAUUUUAGCAUUUUCCCGAGCCGUAGCCUACCCAGUCUUCCUCGUGCGUAAAUCCGAUAGACUGUGGACUCCACGGUAAAGCCAGACCACAUGCCUGCAAUGCUUUCGGCUGGUGUGAACGUUCGAGUCGACCCUGAAGAGGAAUGCUGUGCAGUUAAUUUCAGAGUUUUUCCUAAAGAAUCCAGAAGAAUCCUUCACUGACAGUCGCUUUUUCAAAUAUGGGAGAAAGCCACCGCUCAGCGAUUAAGUAGUUUCCUGCACCUUGCUUUGCCUAAAAUUCUGCACAUUUACCGGAACAGCUCUGUGUCGGGACUUUUCUUAAGUUGAUCAUGCCACUGAUGAAAGUUACUCCCACUCCAGAGAAGGGGACUGCUCUGCGACUUUAACUGCAGAGCACAGUAAAUAUGUGCGGAGAGUGGAAGCUGUAACUCGAGGCGGGGUUAAGGUUCAGCUCUAUGGAGCGGUGAAGCGUUGGUUGCAGUUCGUAGAGUUGGAAAUGUGAAAGCAAGAAGCAGGCUUUAAUUUUUUCCCUCUCUCCCUUCUCUCUGUCUCUCUUUUUUUCUUUUCAUACACACGGACACAACCAUCACGCGUACACGGACACACAUAGAGUCUUCAUACACCCCCACACAUACACAAGCACACAUACACACACUCACACACAUCAGCACAUACAUAAACACGCUGACUUGUAACAGUUAUCCAAACAUACACUCAUACCUCACAAAUUCAAGAUAAAACACCAGAUAUGUAUUCGCCGCUAUGUCUAACACAGGAUGAAUUCCAUCCUUUCAUUGAAGCGCUGCUGCCACACGUGCGAGCCUUCGCUUACACUUGGUUCAACCUGCAGGCCCGCAAGAGGAAGUACUUCAAGAAGCACGAGAAGCGUAUGAGCAAAGAAGAGGAGCGCGCAGUGAAGGACGAGCUGCUCAGCGAGAAGCCAGAGGUCAAGCAAAAGUGGGCCUCGCGACUCCUCGCCAAACUGCGCAAGGACAUCCGGCCCGAGUUCCGUGAGGACUUUGUCUUAACUGUCACCGGCAAGAAGCCACCGUGCUGCGUGCUGUCCAAUCCCGACCAGAAGGGCAAGAUGAGGCGGAUUGAUUGCCUCCGUCAGGCCGACAAAGUGUGGCGUCUGGACCUGGUCAUGGUGAUUUUGUUCAAAGGUAUUCCACUGGAAAGCACGGACGGCGAGCGGCUGGUUAAGUCCCCGCAGUGCUCGAACCCGGGGCUGUGCGUGCAGCCACACCACAUAGGAGUUUCAGUGAAGGAGCUCGACCUCUACUUGGCCUACUUUGUGCAUGCUGAAGCAACACAGUCUGAGAGUCCAAACCAACCCAAUGAGUCCGACAUCAAGGAUCAGCCAGAAAAUGGUCAUCUGGGAUUCCAGGACAGUUUUGUCACAUCUGGGGUUUUCACCGUUUCAGAGCUGGUGCGCGUGUCACAGACUCCCAUUGCUGCAGGGACGGGACCCAACUUCUCCCUGGCCGACCUGGACAGCUCCUCCUAUUACAGCAUGAGCCCUGGAGCCAUGAGGCGACCCCUACCCAGCACCUCAUCCAGCAGCUCUGCGAAGCGUAUUAAGUGCAUUGAGGACGAAGUGGACAGUCCAGGCGAGGAGUCCUACUACCCUGGGCAGGGACGUUCACCGGGCAGCGGCAGCCAAGCCAGCAGCUGGCACGAGGUGGAGCCAGCUGGAUAUAAACUGCGUGGCUCGCUAGCUAGUUCGUUCAUCUCAAGACAAGCAAGUCCCCAUGCCACGCCUUCUAGUCUGCAUUUCCCGACGUCGCCCAUCAUCCAGCAGCCAGGCUCCUACUUCUCUCACCCGGCCAUCCGCUACCAUCCACAGGAGACCUUGAAGGAGUUUGUCCAACUUGUCUGCCCUGACAGUGGUCAGCAAGCUGGACAGGUGGGCUUCCUUAAUCCCAACGGCAGCAGUCAGGGAAAGGUGCACAACCCGUUCCUGCCCACCCCAAUGCUCCCCCCCCCCCCCCCUCCCAUGGCACGCCCCGUGCCCUUGCCCGUGCCAGACUCCAAACCGCCCUCCACCUCCACCGAGGGAGGGGGCAACUCCCCCACCUCGCCAACUUACUCCACGCCGAGCACGUCCCCAGCUCAGCGCUUUGUCAGUGUGGGCCCCCGAGACCCCAGCUUUGUAAAUAUCCCUCAGCAGCCUCAGUGGUACCUGGGCUAAAGAUUCUGGACUCUCACCACCCCCCUCCAGAGGAACCCCUUUGCCCCAAAAUGAGUGCAACCUGCAAACCGUGUUCACCUGUCUACCUGUACACCUGUCUGACAGAGAGAAGUCCCCUACCCCUUGCA